UGGCGCGGCGCUUCCUUUCUCUGUGCGCCUCUCUUUCCUUCCUCGGCCGCCAUCUUGUUCUCGCCGCGUGUUGGCAGCGGGGGCUCCGCCGCGCUCAGACGUAGCACUAUGAACCAAGAAAAACUGGCCAAGCUUCAAGCACAGGUCCGAAUAGGAGGAAAGGGAACAGCUCGCAGAAAGAAGAAGGUGGUGCACAGAACAGCUACAGCUGAUGACAAAAAACUUCAGAGUUCCCUCAAAAAACUGGCUGUAAAUAACAUUGCUGGCAUUGAAGAGGUGAACAUGAUAAAAGAUGAUGGAACAGUUAUUCACUUCAACAACCCCAAGGUUCAAGCUUCCCUCUCUGCCAACACUUUUGCAAUUACUGGUCAUGCAGAGGCUAAACCGAUCACAGAAAUGCUUCCAGGCAUCUUAAGCCAGCUUGGUGCUGACAGCUUAACAAGUCUCAGGAAGUUAGCUGAACAAUUUCCAAGACAAGUGUUGGAUAGUAAAGCACCAAAAUCUGAAGAUAUUGAUGAAGAAGAUGAUGAUGUCCCAGAUCUCGUAGAAAAUUUUGAUGAAGCAUCAAAGAAUGAAGCUAACUAAAACAUUAAUAGUUCUGGAAGCUGGCAUGGACUAGAUUUAAGAAAUCAGCUAUGUGGUUCCAAAGUUUUAAAGAAACAGAGAACAUCAUCUGUUAAUAGUUCAGUAAUAUAAAUAUUUUGUAUUUUUAUGAUGCUGUUUGUUCAGCAUUUUCUGUCAGUUGAUUUUGCAUUUUGCACUUACUCCCAGGAUCUACUCUUUUGGUCAAAAAGAAAUGUCAGUGCAGUUUGAGGGGUGUGUGUAUGUGUGUGGGUGUACGUAUAGUGGAGAACAAAUUGGAGAACACAUAUUUAACCAUUUACCCUUUUCCUUUGGAAGUAGAAAUAAAAUGAAUCUUCAGCAUCAUUACUUUGAUUAUCACCAAUAGUGCACAGAGGGAGUUAAGAUUAACGUUUUGUCCACAUUUUGUGACCUGAAGGCAUUACAUACACCAUUAAAACUUGGGGUUAAUUUGCUGUAACUAUUGUACUUGCAGGUGUGUUUCUCAAUGUACAUAUAUUUGUUAUCAACCUUGUGUUGAUCCUAGGAUUUAGGGGAGAUGAGCUGUUCUAGCGGCUUGUUUGGUACAGGAACUUUUUAAAAACUUGGUCUCAUCAAAGUGUGCUUUUUUUAAACCUUUUUCAAUUUUUUUUUUCUUUAAAGUUUUGAUACAAGCUGAUAUUUGACUCCUUCCAUGUAGACUCAGCAGUAUGUUCUCCUGUUGGUUACUAAAGUAUUUCCCAGUCAAAAGAAAAACACCUUGGUUCUCUACUGUCGGGUCACUUCCUAAGCUUGGAGGUCUGGUUGGGAACAGUCCAGUGCACCAGUUUUGCACAGUAACAGGUUUUUGCUUGAAUAACUUCAAGCUGUUCUCUUGGCAUGACUGCAUUUACUAGCAGCUGAUGAUCCACUCUCAUUCUUAGGGCACUAGGAACUAAAUGCACUGUGUGAACAAUGUUUAGGGCGGGAGGAAAGAGUUGUUGACACUUUGCCUUGCUUCCUGCUGGGCAGUCUGUGCAGUGACUAGCUCUAAAGGGAUUUUUUUCUUUUUUUCUUUUUUUUUUUGCCUGUAACUUACCUUGGCCUAUAACCUACCUCUAGGUUUGGUGUCAUCUAUGUAGUAGCUUCUUACAAAACACAAAUGCUCCUCAGGCAUAAGGAGGACAUUGGGAGGUACUGUUGGUACAGUGCAGUAUUUAUGACCUUUCUUUAAAAUGCUUAAUGUGAAGCCGUUUUCUCAGAGGCUCUUUCAAGGUUCUUGAUGUAAUGUGCAUUACAGUAUAGUUAGACAUCAUUGUAACCUCUGUCAAGGGCAGCUGUGGCUUACAAAAGCCACUUUGGUUUUUUUUUUCCUCUACAUCUGUCACUUAACUAUGGCUUAAUUGGAACAUAUCAGCUUUUGGUGUAGGCUCAUAUGCUAGAGAACUGUAAUAGCACAAGCAAACAGUCCAUGAGUUCUGGAGACUUCAUGAACCCAGGGAAGUAGAGCUGUGGUGGUUUGGCAGCUGAGCUCCUCGGUUCAUUUUCUAGGCUUCGUUCAGUUUUUCCUGUUAUAUUUUAUAUACUACGUGGAUCUUACUACAAAAUAAAAUAACAGUACAAAAGAGGAAAUGCUCCCUCCUGUGUGUUGUGUGCUCCUCCCACCAGCACUGGCUGAGGAAAGCAGGUGGAUGCAGCAGCUGUUUGAGACCUGCAGCCCUGCAUUCUUGGUGACAGUGACCAAGGAAGUCGUGGGGCUAGGGAGGGUCCUGGUAGAGCUCUAGGAUUUCACACUCCCUAUACUCACUCCUAUUUUCUGUGUGCUGUGGAAAGAAACUUUCAUUUGUUGUGUGGCUGAUCAGCUGCAGAUGAUUUGUUCUGUUUAUAAGGAGGAGAUGUCUCCACAAAUGUGUGCUCAGGCACAUGGAAUUGCAUUCUGCUGCCUCUGGGAGCCCAGGGAGCAGAGGAAGGACAUGAGGCCACAGGGAUUGCAGUGUUCCUCCAUUUGCUUAAGAGGCACAGUGAAGAACCUUUCCUGGUAGCAACUGUACAGAAUUGAUGCGUGGGACAUCCCCUUCCUAAAUACUAAUCAGAUACUGAAAAUUCCUGCUUGUUCAUUCUGAUGUAGGGAAUAUGUCAAAAGGAAUUUUGGGAGAGACUAAAAGUAAGCCUUGGAAACAAUGAUUCCCUCAGUUUAUAUAGCUGAACUUUCUGAUUCCUACAAAAUACUGAUUUAGUUUUUGCUCUUGAAUUUACGUGUUAAACACUCAAAUUUUUCCUGUAUUGACAACCAGUAAACCAACUAACUAUGCUAGCUUAUGUAGUUAUAUUAUCUUCAGUUUUUUUCACUGUCUCUGGAAACAGUCAACCACUUAUGAUUUGCUGCUGGAAAUACUAGAGCUUAUCAAUCAUUAAACUGAUUUUAAUUAAAA